AUGCCCGUCUCCUCCAACUACCCCCCAAUCGACAUCCCAGCCGUAGACCUGUGGACAUUCCUCUUCGAACGCAAAGACAGACCUUACCCCGACGAAAAGAUCCUCUACCAAGAUGCCGAAACCAAGCGCCACUACACCUACAAAUCGCUCCGCGAGGCCUCGCUAGACUUCGGCAAGGGCCUGCGCGCCGUCUACGACUGGAAAAAAGGUGACGUGCUUGCCCUCUUCACGCCAAACAGCAUCGACACUCCCGUCCUAAUGUGGGGCACGCUUUGGGCCGGCGGCGUCAUCUCCCCCGCAAAUCCGGCUUACACGGUCGACGAGCUGGCAUUUCAGCUGAAGAACUCCGGUGCGAAGGGUCUCGCGACGCAGGCGUCUGUCUUGGCUGUUGCCAAGCAGGCCGCGAAGAAGGCCGGCAUGUCGGAGGAUCGUAUUAUCUUGAUUGGGGAGCAGCGGGAUCCAGAUGCCCGCAUAAAGCAUUUCACUUCUGUGCGUAAUAUUUCGGGUGCUACGCGCUACCGGAAACAGAAGGUUGCGCCGGAGAAGGAUGUUGCGUUCUUAGUUUAUUCUUCUGGGACGACCGGCGUGCCGAAGGGUGUGAUGUUAUCCCAUCGGAAUAUCGUGGCCAAUAUCUUGCAGCAGGUUACUGGUGAGGGGGGAAACUUGAGCUGGGAUGGGGGUCCUGAUGGGAAGGGGGAUCGGGUUCUGGCGUUUUUGCCGUUCUAUCACAUCUAUGGGUUGACUUGUUUAAUUACUCAAGCCCUAUACAAGGGUUACCACCUUGUUGUCAUGGCCAAAUUUGACAUUGAGAAGUGGUGCGCUCACGUGCAGAACUACCGCUGCACAUUCAGUUAUAUCGUCCCUCCCGUGGUGCUGCUAUUGGGCAAGCACCCGGUAGUUGACAAGUAUGACCUGUCGAGCCUGCGCAUGAUGAACUCCGGCGCUGCCCCGCUUACACAGGAAUUGGUGGAGGCAGUCUACUCGCGCAUCAAGGUCGGCAUCAAGCAAGGCUACGGACUCAGCGAGACCAGCCCCACCACCCACUCGCAGCAGUGGGGGGAUUGGCGCGAAGCUAUUGGUUCCGUCGGCCGUUUGAUGCCUAACAUGCAAGCCAAGUACAUGACCAUGCCUGAGGAUGGCUCUGAGCCAAAGGAAGUUCCGGUGGGCGAGGUGGGCGAGCUAUACUUGAGUGGCCCUAACGUUUUCCUCGGCUACCAUCAGAACCCGGAGGCAACCAGGGGUUGUCUUUCUGAAGAUGGCUGGUUCCAGACUGGUGACGUUGGUUUCCAGGAUGUGAAGGGCAACUUUUUCAUUACCGAUCGUGUUAAGGAGCUUAUCAAGUACAAGGGCUUCCAGGUGCCUCCUGCCGAGCUGGAGGGACUUCUGGUUGACAGUGACGCCAUCGAUGAUGUUGCUGUCAUUGGUAUUGAGAGUGAAGCGCACGGCUCAGAGGUUCCUUUGGCUUGUGUUGUUCGCAGCGCAAAGAGCAAGUCGUCUGGUGCGAACGAAAAAGACGAAGCGGAGAAAAUCAUCAAGUGGCUGGAUAGCAAGGUCGCCCACCACAAGCAUCUACGUGGUGGUGUACAGUUUGUCGAUGAGAUCCCCAAGAACCCAAGCGGAAAGAUCCUGCGUCGUGUGCUGAAGCAGAAGUUCAAGGACAUAGCCAAUGCACCCAAGGCCAAGCUUUAG